AUGGCAAAUACGGUUAGUGGAGAAGUGAGCAACCUUUCUGCUGUAUUCCGAAGUUUCGAAGACUCUUGCCUGGCCUCAGAAAGAAUUCAGGAUAACACUUCCAAGCUUAUCGAGUUGGACAUCCGAAGGCAGAAAAUUCGAGAGGCAUCACGGCUUCUCAAAAAUCCUCGUCAGGAGCCUACCACAUGGAUAUCCCUCACAGAGAGUCUCAUGAUGGAGUUCCCAACUCAAGACUGCUCGAAAAUCCUUCAAGAUUCGAUGAACAAGACAGAAGAUGACUACGCAUUUGUUAAUAAGCAAGGGAUUCGAGCUCAAACCAAUCAAUACGUAGGAGUGUUCCACUUUUCAAAGAUAUUGAUCUCAAGUUGUUACGUUGAUCAAAUUUCGAUCAGUUUGAUGUCAAUUCAACAGGUCUUCAUUAUAAGUAGAGCUGGAAGUUUGAUAUACGAUUGGGAGGCUAAGUCAGAUGUGACUGAGGUAGAGAGGAUAUGCGAGUACCCACUCGAUAUCAUUCUGGAAGAAAUUGACCAGAAGGCGGUAGUGGUUUUCGGAGAAAAGGACGGUGUCAAAUUGAGGUACUACGUCACAGGUGUUAAUGGCUUUAAAGUCUCUGGAACUAAGUUCUUUUCGAAUGGUGUUGAGCACAGCAUUUUCAAAUAUUUAGAAGAUGAGUCGAAUUAUCCUGUGAGCAUACGGUUUUCGCCUCCUUCUGUAUCGACGAACGAAAAAAUUAUCUUGUCAUCUAUGUUUCAUUCCUUGUUCACUAUAGCAGUACAGCUGAGCCCAGCUGCUAGGAGCUCAGGAAUCGAGAUCAUGGAGACAAGUCAGUUCCGUCUUUCUUGCUUGCAAAGCCGGACUGGGGUGAAAUUUGUCGUUGUAACAACUCCUUCCACUGGUAUUCCUGUUGAAUCGCUUCUUAACAAACUCUACGAGUUGUACGCAGAUUAUGCAUUAAAAAAUCCUUUUUACGCCAUUGAUAUGCCUAUCAGGUGCUCCAAGUUUGAAGAAGGGCUCAAAUCUCUUCUAGAGCGGGUAGACAAGAACUCAAGUUCGAUGACUGUUGAAACCAGUUUUUCCUUUCUUUCGAAAAUUCCCGAUCAGUGUGGCUAUUUGGUCUUCGCUGAUGGUGCAGUUGUAAAGUCCGAUGGCGAUCUGAGCAAUCGAGAAGGCAUCAUGCACGUUGUCGAGAAGAUUGUAGGGGUUCCGAAUACAACCAUGCUACCGAACACCAAGUUCAAUCAACUCACUAUUUCCUAUCCAGAUCAUUUCUACACAAUUUCACAGAGUGGAAAAUAUACCUUUGUAGUUAAACGGAAAGUUCAUUCGUAG